AUGACUACUGAAACACAGACAAUACCUCAGUCGCAUUCCACUCCCACUCAGAAGUUCUCGCGGUAUCGAUCCGUAAGGCAAGCAGCUACGACACAAGCACCUCCUCCGCCAGCGGUGACACAGUUAUCGCGGCAUUCUCAAAAUGAGUCAAUUCAGCGAAGCAUGUCGCGCUACCGGAAGCCAUCUUCUAAGCCUGCACCCUUCAGCAGUCCGCCUGUACCAGAGCCGACGGCCAAACCCUCAAGAAUUCCUCAGAGCCAUUCAGCAUCAUUAGCUGCGCUGACGGGUGAGCCAUGUCCGGAGGACCAAGAAUCACCCAGUUCGACUCCAAGCAAAUAUGUCCCUUCUCGACCCCGGCAGUAUUCGAGUCCAAGGAACGCGACGUCACCCAGGAAGAUCAAUGCCUUACAGGACACCCCUCUCACGCGUCGUGCGCCAUCAACAGAAGAGGCCACUCAGCCUCGACAGUUGUCUUGGGAGGCAAUUUGUGAUUUAAGAGCAAGACCGCAGCCGCCGCCGAGUUCCGCGCGUAGAGAAGAUUGCGAGAUGCUGGUCGCAGAGAAUGAGCAUUCUACACCGGUCAAAGCGCGCCAAUCGGCAGAAAGAGGAGCCAAAUUACAGAAGAGGAGGCUUGUAGCCACAGAGGAAAGAAAACGUCUGGAAGAUGUCCGGACUAAGCAACAGGAGCUAAACAAGACGGAUUACCAAGCACAGGAAAAAGCAAGGCCGAGCAUGGUGCAGCAGCGAGAUCAACAACAAGGAGCGGCUUCCGGGAGGGCUGCAGGUGCAAGAGCCGCGAAGAAAGAGUCUCUUGAUCUAAGAAGAGGCGACUCUGUGCAACAAAGACUGGAUUCUUUUACGAGGAAUGAAUCUGCUCUAUCACCCGGCAACGGCUCCAUGCAAGAUCCGUUGGCUUCUCAAAAAGCGCGAGAACCGCUUUCGAAACCUAGACAGAGUUGUGAUGCACCUACGAGCAAGCCAGCACCAUCAAACCACAAUGUACCUGCACCUUGGGUCGAUGCUCCUGUUAGCAAGCCAGCACCAUCAAACCACAUUGUACCUGCACCUUGGGUCGAUGCUCCCGUUAGCAAGCCAUCCGUAACGCAGAGCUACAAUGGCGGACCAGCACAGUGGAUUGAUGCGCCUAUCAGUCGUCCUGCACCCCAGCAAGAUGGCCCUGUGGUCGUGCCGCAGUAUGAUGCACCUGUGUCAGCAGUCAAUGCUGGAGAGCGGCAUGUACUUGUCAAGUGCAACGCUUCCUCACUAACCCUACCGGUGACACCCUCCACUACACCCAAAGAUAUUAUCCAUUCCGCCUCGUUGGCCAUGUCAGAACCGAUUGAUUCGAGUCGCUCCAAACUGGUAGAAUCAUUUACCCAGCUCGGAUUGGAGCGCCCGCUUCGCAACUAUGAACAUGUCCGCGAUGUGAUGAAUUCAUGGGACCACGACGCACAGAACAGUUUCAUCAUUCUACCUCUCGGAAAUGAUGGUCAUGACGAUCAGCUAGAUCUGGCUGUUGUGCCGAAGCAGCAGCCUGGGGAUACUUCUGUUUAUAUGUAUCACUCACAGCGACCCAAGACGUGGGACAAGAGAUGGAUGACCUUGAGACCGGAUGGCCAAGUGACAAUUGCAAAGAGGCAAGGUCAAGAAACAUCUAACAUAUGCCAUCUCACUGAUUUCGACAUCUACACCCCAACUCCUGGGCAGCAGACCAAGAGGAUCAGGCCCCCAAGGAAACUAUGCUUCGCUAUCAAAUCGCAGCAGAAAUCCAACAUGUUUUUGAACGGGGCUAACUUUGUUCAUUUUUUUGCGACGGGCGACCGGAUGGUAGCUAAAGAAUGGUACAAGGCUGUUCAAGGGUGGCGAAGCUGGUAUCUGGUGAACGUCCUGGGCGAAGGUCAGACAUCGAAGCGUGCAUCCAUGACCACCAACUCGGUUCGACCUGCCACUGCCAAAACGCAAAGAAGAGCCUCGAUUGACGCGGCAACGUAUCAAGCUGGUUCUUUCAAGCCAGCUGUAGAUUUGGACCACGAUGGUCUCCAUCUCAGCGAUCCUUCGCCAGCUCCGCGGGCAAGCAGAUCUGCCGAUGUGUUCCAUGCUCGCAAAACCCUGAGUCGAGACAGAGCACCACCGCCGUCUGCAUUCCUGAACAAGCUUAGUAAAGAUGCCGAAUCUGGUGCGCCCACGACAAAUCACCAAAGGAUGCCUUCGAUAGCGAAGGGUCCUGUACCAGGCGAAGGCCAUGAUUCGACCUUUGCUCCCACCGGUCUACUCGGCAGAACAUACAGCCAACGGCAGCGAGCACAGAGAGACAGAGAGAUCAAUGGUGGACGAACUCGAUCCAUGGCGUCGGUUGAGCCACCAACCGGCUUGACGCGCAAAGCCUCAACGAAAUCAGUCCGGCAGAUGCCAAAGCCCUUGAUUGACCUUACACCUCAAUACCAAGAACCACCGCAACAUGUGAAAAAGGGGAGGGCAGUCAUCCCGGAACCAGGACAGCAGCUAGUGGAGGUUGCGACUGGACUUGAGUUGCUGCCGGGCGCUAUAAUGACGCCAAGUGCCACAACAUGGAGGCGACCACAGGCACAGUCGCCCCCACGCGAGAAUUUGGGUAGGCCGAGGGGAAAGUCGAUGCACACCGACCGACGGAGUAUGACAAUAGAUGGAAACCGACCCAGACCGUCUAUGGACACUGGUCGACCGCAAAUGAAUGACCACGGUGGCUUCCUGCAGGGCGGAUUGCUCGCACGAACGCAGUCGAAACGCGCACAAGGCGACCGCUGGACGGGGCAUGGCGUCAGGACCGGGGAUCGAAAUGCUGCAGACAAGCCCAUGAUUGACCUGCAAUCCCCGAAUCAGUUUGCAGAUGGGAGUCUGUUGAGGCAGCUUGAGGCACACGCUGGUGGUGACGAGCCAGUGAUCGACCGAGAGAAGCGGCGCGAGGAGACUGUCAGGGUAGGAGAGGGGGUGUGA